GACUCUCCUUAUGAAUCUAUCCUUAUAUAUAGACACCAGGCCUACAUGCACAAAGUCCAUUGCUAUUUGAUACCUCACAUUCUUCUCAGUUAUUUGCGCUGUUUACUCUAAAAAUCAGCAAUCACACAUACAUUGAAGUUUUGCUCAAUAUAAUCAUGGGUGAAGUGUUUGAUGGGAUCGAGGAUGAUUCCUUGGAGGUUAAGGAAGAGUGUCCCAUAAAACAAGUGGACUUAACAGUGCCCAAAACUGAUGAUCCGACUAUGCCUGCAGUGACAUUCAGGAUGUGGGUUCUGGGUGUUGCUGCAUGUGUCAUACUGUCUUUUGUGAACCAGUUCUUUUGGUACAGAAAAAUGCCAUUGACAGUGAGUUCAAUAUCUGCCCAGAUUGCUGUGGUACCCAUUGGACACUUCAUGGCCAAGGUUUUGCCAAAAGAUGCUUUCUUUAAGGGUACACGGUUUGAGUUUACAAUGAAUCCAGGGCCUUUUAACAUCAAGGAACAUGUUUUGAUCACAAUCUUUGCAAACUCGGGUGCUGGCACGGUUUAUGCUGCUCAUAUAUUGUCUGCAGUUAGGCUCUAUUACAAGAGGAGCCUCACAUUUCUUCCAGCCUUCAUUGUUAUGUUAACAACACAGGUUUUAGGGUUUGGUUGGGCGGGUCUUUUCCGAAAAUAUCUGGUAGAGCCAGGGGAAAUGUGGUGGCCAUCUAACCUUGUUCAGGUUGCAUUGUUCAGGGCUCUACAUGAGAAGGAAAAAAGGCCUAAAGGCGGCAUGACACGUACCCAAUUCUUUCUCAUAGUCUUGAUCUGUAGCUUUGCUUACUGUGUCUUUCCAGGCUAUUUUUUCGUCAUGAUAACAUCUUUCUCUUGGGUUUGCUGGAUUGCUCCUAAGUCUGUUCUUGUCCAUCAAUUGGGUUCUGGCUUACAAGGCCUUGGAAUUGGUUCCUUCGGUAUUGAUUGGGCUACAAUUUCCUCAUACCUUGGUAGUCCACUAGCUAGUCCAUGGUUCGCCACUGCCAAUGUUGCUGUGGGAUUCUUCCUUAUAAUGUAUGUGAUGACACCCAUCACAUACUGGUUCAAUGUCUACAAUGCCAAGACCUUCCCAAUAUAUUCUAACGGCCUUUACACAACAAAUGGUUCAGAAUAUGACAUUUUGAGCAUCAUUAAUUCCAAUUUUCAUCUUGAUCGUGAUACGUAUGCACAGAUGGGGCCUGUUCAUCUAAGCACAUUUUUUGCAAUGACAUACGGACUUGGAUUUGCUACACUUGGUGCUACUCUUGUGCAUGUUCUCCUUUUCAGUGGAAGAGACCUAUGGAAGCAAAGCAAAAGCGCCUUUGGAGGGAAAACAAAAAUUGAUAUACAUACCAAGCUUAUGAAGAAGUAUAAAAAAGUUCCCAUGUGGUGGUUUCUUGUCAUCCUUGUGGUUAACAUUGGCCUUAUAAUAUUUACAUGCGAGUAUUAUAACGAGUCACUUCAAUUGCCUUGGUGGGGUGUACUUCUUGCUUGUGCCAUUGCCGUUUUCUUCACUCUCCCAAUUGGUAUUAUCUAUGCCACCACAAACCAGAUGCCAGGUUUGAACAUUAUAACAGAAUACGUUAUUGGGUACAUGUAUCCAGAGCGUCCCGUUGCUAACAUGUGCUUCAAGGUGUAUGGAUACAUCAGCAUGUCUCAAGGUCUAACCUUUUUGGCAGACUUUAAGCUUGGCCACUACAUGAAAAUUCCGCCAAGAUCAAUGUUUAUGGCACAAGUAGUAGGGACAAUCUUAGCAGUAAUAGUAUACACAGGAACUGCAUGGUGGCUGAUGGAAACCAUUCCUCACCUGUGUGACACCUCCAUGUUGCCUAAGGAUAGCCCCUGGACUUGUCCAAUGGACCAUGUCUUCUUUGAUGCAUCCGUCAUUUGGGGACUUGUUGGACCUCGUAGAAUCUUUGGAGACCUUGGCGAAUAUGGAAAUAUCAAUUGGUUCUUUCUUGGUGGAGCAAUUGCACCUCUCUUAGUUUGGCUUGCACACAAGGCAUUCCCAAAGCAAAAUUGGAUCCGAUUGAUUCACAUGCCUGUGCUGUUGGGUUCCACAUCAAUGAUGCCCCCAGCUAGCGCGGUAAGCUUCACUAGUUGGAUCAUUGUUGGGUUUCUCUCUGGAUUUGUGGUGUUCAAAUACAAACCAGAUAUGUGGAAGCGUUACAAUUAUGUUCUCUCUGGUGGUCUUGAUGCUGGAACUGCUUUCAUGGCUGUGUUGUUGUUCCUUGCCUUGGGUGCCACGCAAAUUCAAUGGUGGGGAAACAAUGGGGAAGGUUGCCCCUUAGCUUCUUGCCCAACUGCAAAGGGGAUUGUUGUUGAUGGUUGCCCAAUUUUUUCUUAAAAUCAUAUCAUUGACUGACUUCAGUUUAAUUAAACAAUUUCUUGUAAAUAAUUAUGGGUUUUAAAGAUACAUACUCUUUUAAUGUUUGUUUUUGGUUUGGAUAUAUGAUAGAUGUUUUUGCUUUUCAAGGUA